AUCUGCCAUACACUGUUUCGUGCCUGUUGAUCUCUUGGCCGCAUAACUUCCCGGAGAAGUCGAUCUCAAUCGGACACAGUUGAACUGUAGUAAAUCAUCUCUUGACUCUUGGCAAAGACAAACCAACAACCCUCAUUCAAUCAUGCGCUACUCUCUCGCUCUGGGUGCCCUUUGCGCCGCUGGUGCCUUGGCCAACAAUGUUGACAAGCGUUCCUAUGUGACCGACUGGACCAUCGUCACCAUGACCACCACCAUCACCGAGUACCCUACUCCCACGGUCUAUGAGAACGUCGCCGCACAAGAGGCCUCUGCUGCUGCUUCUUCCUCCAGCGCCGCUGCCGUUGCCGCUGCUGCCGAGUCCUCCAGCUCUGCCGCUGCUGCUGCUGCCGCCUCUGCCUCUGCUGAGGCCUCUUCCUCCGCCGCUGCCGCUGCCGCCGCCGCUGCUGCUGAGGCCAGCACUUCGUCUGUUGUCACUCCUGUUGUGGAGACCACCGCCGCUGCGACCACUGCUGCUGCUGCGACCACUGCCGCUGCUGAGGAGGUUGCUACUUCCUGGACCUCCGCCUGGACUUCCGCUUGGACUUCGUCCUGGUCUUCGGCUGCUGCGCCGACCACCACCCUUGCGACCUCAACCUCGUCCAGCGCUAGCUCGACCGCCACCAACGCUUACCAGUCCGCGGUUCUGUACAACCACAACGUCCACCGUAGCAACCACUCCGCUAGCUCCCUUGAGUGGUCUUCGGACUUGGAGUCGAGCGCCUACACCCUGGCCGCCAAGUGUGUCUAUGAGCACGACACUUCCAUUGACGGCGGUGGCUACGGUCAGAACAUUGGAUAUGGUGUUGAGUCUUCCGAAAUUGGCGUUAUGAUCACCAACCUCAUGUACAACGACGAGAUGGGCUACUACACCGACCUGUACGGCGAGGCCGACCCCGACAUGACCUACUUCGACAACUGGGGUCACUUCUCCCAGAUUGUCUGGGCCGCCACCACUCACGUUGGUUGCGCUACCGUCACCUGCGACAGCCUGGGUAACGUCGAUGCCUCCGAAGCCCUGCCCUUCACUGUUUGCAACUACAGCCCUGCCGGAAACUAUGAGGGAGAAUAUGGCACCAACGUCAAGCGCCCUCUCGGCCAAGCUGUUUACGUUGCGUCAUAGAUGGCGAGAGAUGAUUUCGCGUGACUGUGCCUAGGGACCGUCGCUCUUGCACCAUGCCAAGGAAUAGUCGGUUUCCCUGCACCCGACGGGUAAAACGGUCAGCUUUGCCA